AAAGAACAUCACACAGGAAGCCCAAUUUCGUAAGCAAGAAAGAAAGCUCUACCCGUAGCUACUGCUUCGUCAUCUCCGUUGAACGGACGUCGAUCGAUCGGGUUACACAGACUUCUCAAGAUCUGCUCCGCAACCAUCGCCAUGGUUCUAUUGCAGCUAGACCCUUUUCUCAAUGAACUUACCAGCAUGUUUGAGCGUAGCACCGAGAAGGGCUCUGUGUGGGUUACUCUGAAACGAUCAUCACUGAAGUCUAAGGUGCAGAGAAAUAAAAUGACCACUGCCGGGCAACCUAUUGAGUACAGGUGCCUCAUCCGUGCAACUGAUGGGAAGAAGACAAUUUCUACUUCAGUUGGGGCAAAAGAUCACCUGAAAUUUCAAGCUUCCUAUUCAACCAUUCUUAAAGCCCACAUGACUGCUCUUAAAAAGAGGGAGAGGAAGGAGAAGAAGAAGGCACCAGCGGCAGAGAAGGAUCCCAAGAAAAAACCCAAGAAAGUAUGAAGGGGGGUUCUCUUGCUUCUGAAGGAUCCUCAAACUAGAGUUGCUUCCUUGGCUUACUUACCCUUUUGUUUUUACGAUGACUCUGAUCCUUUGACCUGAUGAGUGUUAUGCUUCCCCCAUCUUUCUAGGAAAAUGCAGAGGAAAAAAGGGCAGAGGUAGGAUUUUGGAAUUUCAGGAAUUGAAAAAUAUUUGAGUUUGUUAUUUGUUUAGCCAUUUUUCCUUGAAAGAAAAAAGAUUUGAAAUAUACAUGUGAUUUUACUGUGGAAUUUUCUGGAAA